AUGCUGGCGGCGGAGGCGAUGGAGGCGGCGGCGGCGGCGGCGGCGGAGGGCCCGAGCGGGGCCAAGAUCUACAAGCAGCAGCGCAGCCCCUACAGCGUCCUCAAGACCUUCCCCAGCAGCCGGAGACCGGCGCUCGGCAAGCGCUACGAGAGACCCACCAUGGUGGAGAUCCCGCAGGUCAGGGCGGCCGUCGGGCAGCAGCAGCAGCAGCAGCAGCAGCAGCAUCACUUCCAGCAGCAGCAGCAGCAGCAGCAGCCGGCCGUCGCCUCCUCCUCCUCGUCGUCGUCCUCCCUGGGCGAGCACCAGCUGCCUUACCCGGCGCACAGCUCCUACCCCGGCGGCAGAGGCUCCCACGGCCACCCGCCCCGCGCUCCGGCUUCGCAGCUGGGACCCCAGCCGCCUCCCGCCGCUCCCUCCUCCUCCUCCUCCUCCUCGGGCAGGUACGGCCACGGCCACCAGGGGGCGGCAAGCAGCAGCACCGAGGGAGGCGGCAGCCUGGAGCUCAGCGCAGAGAGCCGUAUGAUUCUGGAUGCCUUUGCCCAGCAGUGCAGCCGGGUCCUCAGCCUUCUAAACUGUGGCGGGAAGUUCCUGGACAACAGUCGGUCUCAGUCAUUGAUUUCCUGCAUCAAGCAGGAAGGUGCCAGCUUCGGAGAAAGAUCCGAGCAGUGUCAGCUUGGGAAAAUGGUCCACAGCCAGACCUCCGACAACUUAGACCUAGAGCUGCAGUACCUCCACAAGAAACAGCAGACCUCGGCGUUUCUGAGGGUCUUCACCGAUUCUCUUCAAAACUAUUUGCUUUCAGGAAGCUUCCCCUCUCAGAACUCUUCCUCGGUGAGUGAUUUUGGCCAUCUGGCGGACGCGGAUCCGCUUUCUACCUCUCCGGUGCACACUUUAGGGGGAUGGACGUCCCCGGCGACCUCGGAGUCCCACGGUCACCCGUCGUCUUCCACUCUUCCAGAGGAGGAAGAGGAGGAGGAGGAAGGCUACUGUCCUCGUUGCCAAGAACUGGAGCAGGAGGUAAUUUCAUUGCAACAAGAGAAUGAGGAACUUCGAAGGAACCUGGAGAGCAUACCGGUGCCCUGCCAGACUGUUUUAGAUUACUUGAAGACUGUUCUUCAACAUCAUAACCAGCUUAUGAUGCCGCAGCCAGUGGACCAACCAGCAGAGGGCAGCAAACAGUUGCUGAACAAUUACCCCGUCUACAUCACUAGCAAACAGUGGGAUGAGGCCGUGAAUUCCUCCAAGAAAGACGGACGGCGGCUCCUCCGGUACCUCAUCCGAUUUGUCUUCACCACCGAUGAGCUUAAGUACUCGUGCGGCCUUGGAAAAAGGAAAAGGUCAGUGCAGUCAGGAGAUCCUGGCCCUGAAAGACGUCCUCUGGAUCCCGUUAAAGUAACAUGUCUCAGAGAAUUCAUUAGGAUGCACUGCACUUCCAAUCCUGAUUGGUGGAUGCCUUCUGAAGAACAGAUAAACAAGGUGUUUAGCGAUGCCGUGGGACAUGCUCGGCAAGGGCGGGCAGUGGGGACGUUCCUCCACAACGGCAAUGCAUAUUAUGAAGGGAUUGACCAACACAGUUCACAAGAUGACCUCUUCAGUAGAGGCGUCCACGAUGGAUCUGGUGACUGAUGACAGCGGGGAGGGGAACCCACGCAAGUGGCGUGAGGCAAUGAAAGAGUCCAUGCAUUCGGUGUCCUGUUUUUGAUGUGACUUGAGAAUCCAAAGCA